UGAUUGGACGGCCGGGUGUCCUGACCUGAGCAGCGUCACAGCCUGUCAGAGUGAGUGCGCUCGCUUCCUGAGCUGACGGUAAAAAGCGAAAGUCAGAGAGGGAAACAGCUGCACAUGGUGAGCGGGACUGACGGGACAGCAGCGCACAAACGCCUCAGCAUGAGCCAGUGGAAGCAGAUUCAGCAGCUGGAGAUCAGACUCCUGGAACACGUGGACUACCUGUACGAUGAUAACUUCCCCAUGGACAUCCGACAGGGUCUGGCCAGCUGGAUCGAGUCUCAGGAUUGGGACACAGCAGCUAACGAUGACGCAAUGUCAGCGGUGCUGUUCACCAACCUGCUGUCCCAGUUGGAGAGGGUGCGCUCACGGGAGCUGAACUUCCUACAAAGACACAACAUGAAAAUCAUACAACAGCAGCUCCAGGUAAAAUACACGUCCAAUCCUACCGUUAUGGCCAGGGUUAUCUCCAGCUGCCUCAGGGAAGAGCGCCGCAUCCUCUCCAGCGCCUGCAUGCAGGAACAGGGUCCACUGGAGAAAUCGUUGCAGAAUUCUGUGGCCUUUGAGAGGCAGAAGAACAUGGACAGCAGAGUUGGGAUCAUCAGGGGCAGCGUGCAGUUGAUGGACCAAGCUGUGAAAUACAUCGAGGACAUGCAGGAUGACUUUGAUUUCCGCUACAAGACCCUACAGUCUCGAGAAUCGACAGAUAGGAACUCUGAGAUGAUGAAACAGGAAGUAACAAGACUGCAGGAAAUGCUUAACAGGCUCGACUUUAAAAGGAAGGAGAUCCUGUCAAAGAUGGAUGUUGUGAUCAAGGAGAUUGAUGACCUGAUGACCUCUCAGCUCAACCCUGAGCUGCAGGACUGGAAGCGCAGGCAGCAGAUCGCCGCCAUCGGUGGUCCGCUGCUCACCGGCCUGGACCAGCUGCAGAGUUGGUUUACUCUGACAGCCCAGAGUGUCUUCCAGAUCAAGCGUCAGCUGGACAAACUGGGGGAGCUGGUUGUGAAGGUCACCUACGAAAGUGACCCAAUCCCCCUGCAAAAACCUCAGAUGGAGGAGCGAGUCAAAUACCUCAUCUAUCACCUCAUCAAGAGCUCAUUUGUGGUGGAGAAGCAGCCAUGCAUGCCCACACAUCCUCAGAAACCCCUCAUCAUCAAGACCGGAGUACAAUUCACCACCAAAGUCAGACUCCUGGUUAAACUUCCAGAAGUAGAUUACCAGCUGAAAGUGAAAACAACAUUUGACAAGGACCUCCCCCCUGGCAGAGUUAGUCGUCAGUUUUUCAUCCUGACCAACAACACUAAAGUUAUGGACAUUGAGGACUACUCAAACGGCUGCCUCUCAGUGGAGUUUAGACACUUGCAGCUGAAAGAGAAGAAAUAUAUCAAUGGCACAAAGGGGAAUGAGGGUCUGCUCUCUGUGACAGAGGAACUUCACUCUCUCAGUUUUGAGGCUUGCUUCACAGUGCAGGGCCUCACCAUUGAUCUGGAGACGUGUUCUCUGCCACUGGUGGUCAUUUCCAAUGUGAGCCAGCUGCCUGGAGGCUGGGCCUCCAUCAUGUGGUAUAACCUUCUGACUGAUGAGCCAAGGAACUUGGUGUUCUUUGGGAACCCUCCUCGGGCCACCUGGAACCAGCUCUCUGAGGUCCUCAGCUGGCAGUUCUCUACCUUUGCUGGUCAAGGCCUCAACAAGGAGCAGCUCUCCAUGCUGGGAGAAAAGCUUCUCGGUCAGCAUGCCUCCUGUAAUGACUAUCAAGUGUCCUGGUCUAAGUUCUCCAAGGAGAAUAUUCCAGGAAAGCCCUUCAGUUUCUGGAUGUGGCUGGACUCCAUCCUGGAGCUCAUCAAGAGGCACUUGCUGCCAGUCUGGAAUGAGAAUUAUAUCAUGGGCUUUGUGAGUAAAGAGAUGGAGCGCACUCUGCUAAAGGACAGAGAGCCAGGAACAUUCCUCUUACGCUUCAGCGAGAGCCACCUCGGAGGAAUCACUUUCACCUGGGUGGAGCACAACGACAAUGGAGACGUGAAGUUCAACUCCGUGGAGCCAUACACUAAAAACCGACUUACCGCUCUCCCGUUUGCCGACAUCAUACGAGACUACAAAGUGAUCUCAGACGGGGUUGUCCCAGAGAACCCGCUCAAGUUCCUCUACCCCGACAUCCCCAAAGAUGAGGCCUUCGGACGGCUUUACAACAGUCAGCCAAGCAAAGUCCAUCCAUACAUACCAUCGACCCUGAUCCCCAUCUCGGAAUUGCGCUCUAAUGCGAGCAGCACACCACCUUCUUGUCAGUCCCCUGAGCCACCAAUGACUCCUGGGGAGUUCGACAUGCUCAACGAGCACCUAUGCUUCGACAUCGACACCAUGAGUUCUCCAUAUUCAGAGUAAAGCGAGAUGAAAGAUGCAACAUUUUUCAUACUGGCCUGACACCAGUCUCUGAUCGAUGUCUACAUCCUAAUUAUCAUGAAACAGAGUCUGCUGUUUUUUUAAAGAGGUUUUUGUGGUUAAAUUGGAUUCAUUACCUGAGCUGUUGUUUAUUGUUUUUAUUUUUUAUACAUUCAUAAGUGUUCUAAAAAGAAUUUGUCAGUCUGUUUUUAUUGUUAGUCUGUGACGACUUGGUUUUUAGAUUAGUUAUAUUUUAACUAUUGACUUUGAUUUUUCUAUAAGGCCUGUAUUGUAUAUAAACCAAUUUACACAUGUUUAUUUUAACUGCAAUGUACCAUAUUGACAUGAGCUUGCUACUGUAUUUCUGCAUCAGUGACACCGCUGUCUCUUUUGCCUAAUUGUUACUGACAACAGUGGAAGUUGCAUGGUGGUCACACAAUGUUUUGAUUCAGCCUGUGCACACAUACACUCACCCAUAACAUCCAUCAUUCAAUCAUUCAAGGUUAGCUCAUCUGCCACCUAUAGCCCAUGACGAGGCACGACAGGGACUCUUUGCAGCAUAGCAGAAGCUUGUAGAGCUUUUAUUUUGGCAGCAGCCGGAAGUAAAAUGCCUGCAACUGACUGCUGCUUGCUUGAUUCAUGCUCCUAAAGCAUUUGUCGAGAACCACGUGAUUCCCGGAGAGUCAGGAGUGGGUGGAUGUGUUUAUAUUUCUUUGAGGAAAUAAACCAGGUUAAGCCUUG